AUGAGGAUCAUCUUUCUUUUGAUCGGAAAAGUGGUGUCCGAUGCAUUUUCGCUACUACCGGUGCUCAGCAAGGAGGAUAUGGAGGGAAGCGGCACUUUUCUUGUGUAUAUCUAUUAUUCAAGGCCGAAUCUUCAUUGUGCUGCCUGUGAAUCAUUUAAUCGAAACAUUUCCAUGGUACAGAAAUACAUUCCUGUGAAGAAAAUAAACUUCUUUGAGGAUCCAAGAGUUGCAUCGCGUUUCUACACAUUCCUUUUUCCAUCCUUUGUUGUCAGGGAUGGGGGACGCAGCUACCACCUGCCUGUGGAUAGCUUUGAGCAGCUGGAAGAGAUUAUAAGGAACAGAAGAUGGGCCAUGUUUAAGCCCAUGGCGCGGUGGAUGGAUGUAAAUUCGCACUUUGCUUCGGCAUACUCCAUUGCGAACUGUAUUUUCUUCCGAGCCAUGCAGAAGUCGUAUGUGGUUUUCGAUGCGAUUCCCGCCUGGGUUGUAAACUUUGGAUUUAGCGCCAUUAUUGCCUACAUGCUAUACUCUAUAUGCACGAUUUUCCUCAUGCCUGUGGAGAAGAAGAAGAAAAAAUAA